AUCAUUUGACGCGGCUGUGGGCUGAAGAGACACAAGGGAAGUCGCUGUCGCCACUGUCGGACCCUCUGUCGCGGCCGCCGCCUGUAGCAGCUGGGACCCUCCGCCUCGUCACCCCCGCCCAGUCUUCCGCGCCAUGCCGUCAGAGAAGACCUUCAAGCAGCGCCGCACCUUCGAACAAAGAGUAGAAGAUGUCCGACUUAUCCGAGAGCAGCAUCCAACCAAAAUCCCGGUGAUAAUAGAACGAUACAAGGGUGAGAAGCAGCUUCCUGUCCUGGAUAAAACCAAGUUCCUUGUACCUGAUCACGUCAACAUGAGUGAACUCAUCAAGAUAAUUAGAAGGCGCCUACAGCUCAAUGCUAAUCAAGCCUUCUUCCUGUUAGUGAAUGGGCACAGCAUGGUGAGCGUGUCCACGCCAAUUUCGGAAGUGUAUGAAAGUGAGAAGGAUGAAGAUGGAUUCCUGUAUAUGGUAUAUGCCUCUCAGGAGACAUUUGGAAUGAAAUUGUCGGUGUAAGACUAGAAAAAUGCAUCUGUUCUAGAAUUUUUUAAACCCUUACCAAGGGGGAAAAAAGGGAUGUUACCAACUGAGAUUGAUCAGUUCAUCUAAUCACAGAUCAUCAAAACAGUAGUGUUCCUGCCUAGGAGAUUUAGGAAGUUUUUGUUUUGUUUUGUUUUUUUGUACUUCAAACAGAAAAGCUCCAAAUGAGCACAUUCAGCUUUGGAAAACUAUAUUAUUUAACCUAGGCUGUCUUGUUUUCAAAUUAGAAGUUUAAAAAUAAAAUACUUUGCAUUCUAAGUUACCAAUAAAAUAGACCUUCAAGUUAUUUCAAUGCUCUUUUCACAAUAGGAACUUGCAAUUUGAGCAUUCAGAGAUGUUAAGUUUUUUCUCUAGGUUCACAGAACCUGCCAACUUUUUAUAGAAGGAUUUCUACUCAACUAGAGAAAUCUGUUAGAGGAUCUUUAAGUAUAAGUUGUCAAGCAUAGCUCCCUUCCAAAAGCAUUUGCCAUAAUAAUAGUUGGCAAAAAGCAGGGUAAAUGGGAGUGUAUAAGAAAACUCUGAACUGCUGUUCAAGGUUCUUGAUUCCUAAUAUGUAUACCCCAAGUCAAUGCUCUUACAGUGUUAGGGAGUUCUUACUUGGUUUGUUCUCUAAAUAGUAACACACAGAAAAACACCACUGUUCAACAGGAACCUUGAAUAAUUCACAAUUUUGGUCUAGUUUCUUAAAAUGCCCAGAGAAAAAAAGAGUGACAUUUCUUGUUUUAGAUAUUCUCUAAGAGCUCAGACUAGUGCCUGCUUUGGUAAAUAAACAAGCAGUUGUAUCAGUUUCAUUCUUUAGGACAGUGGUAGAAACUACAGAAUCCUGAAACUAAAAAGCAUUAAAAUUCAGAUGCAUUUCCUCUUCCUUUUGGUUUAAAGCUGUAGAUGAUCCAUGUUUUAUGUUGUGUGGCUAAUAUGUUAUUAAAAAGUUAUAUUUUUAAGAGUAUUUCAGUUAUCACUAUUAGGUCAAACCACCAUCAAAAUCUCCCCACUAUAGGUGCAUGUCAGUUGUGAAGAAAACAUAGUAAAAGGAGACAUUCUCUUGACAGAUAUUAAUGUCAAAAAUUAAACAUUUCCCAAGUCCACCUAGAAUAAAUAACCAAUGCUUCUUACUACCAGCAUGAGGUUCACCGUAUUUUCAUGGAAGUAUCACAGAAAGAUCACAAACCACUUUAGACGACGUCGUGAUUUGCCCUUGUAUAUUUAGAUGUGUGGAAUACCUGUAUCAGAUAGUGGAAGUUAUUUACUGUAAUGGGGGGAUAAGGCAAUAUUACUGUGUUAUGGGGCCUCGACCACCAACCUCCCAUCACCUACCUACUCCUCCUGCUGCAUGCAUCUGUCCACAUGGCUAACUUUUAAUAUGUAUAUUUUUACAUUAUGUAUUCUUAAUCAGCCUGUCUUGUUUAGAUUGUAUACGUCAUACCUGACAUUCUUGUAACUACUGUGUGAUAAGAUUCCUGUAAGAAAUUCUGCUUUUUAAAAAAAAAUACCAUGCUGAGAGGGGUGACGUAUCCCACAUUAGUGGGUGGUCACUCUAUGUUUAUAGGAUCUUUAAAACAAGUACAUUUUUAAGGUGAAUAAAGGCACAACUAAAAACUGUCA